CGCGCGGCCAAUAUAGCCAAUACAUAUACAUAUAUACCUCAAUAACACCCUCGAAAGUAGCAUCGCUGUGUGGUAAUCUGACAAUAUGCCUAAAAAUAAAGGAAAAGGAGGAAAAAAUCGUAGACGUGGAAAAAAUGAGAAUGAGCAGCAGAAACGCGAGUUGAUCUUCAAGGAAGAUGGCCAAGAGUAUGCGCAAGUGGUAAAGAUGUUGGGAAGUGGACGUUUGGAAGCCAUGUGCUUCGACGGCACUUCACGACUGUGUCACAUCCGCGGCAAGCUGCGUAAGAAAGUGUGGAUUGCUCAGGGAGAUAUAAUCUUAAUCGGCCUGCGUGACUACCAAGACGCCAAGGCCGAUGUUAUUGUAAAAUACAAUGCCGAUGAGGCCCGUAACUUGAAGGCUUACGGAGAGUUGCCCGAUACUGCCAAAAUCAACGAGACACCCGCCGAUGGACCUGACAUGGAGGAUGAUAUUAUGUUCGACGAUAGGGAAUAUGAUGAGGAUAUUGAUGAUAUUUAAAUAUUUUAUAGCAAACAUCGUGAGAUUGGAAGUUGUCUCUCGUAGUGGUGUACCCGUCCAUACAAAUUCCGUCUAUAACGUGCGGAAAUGAUAAGCACGCGUCCGUCGGGUUAGACGCGACCAAUUUAAUGCGCCGGAUCGGAUAAUUGCGAACUGCCUUUCGUCAUUUCUAUCGGUCUGCCCAUGGCUGGUGUCAUAUGUUAGAACUAAGGCUUAUUUCUCAGCCUGCGCUUGAUGACAUGUGCGAGGGGUACUAGUACACAUUGCGGAGCCACGCUACAAAUCAUUUUCAAUGUAGCAGAAUAAAAAUAGAUAGUAACGAAAGGUUGUAGUACACGAG